AAACACAGUCGAAUCUCACCGAGUUUUCCUCUUCUUUUUUUUUUGAUUCAAUCAAGAAAGCUUCCAUUUUGAUGCUCCCUCCCUGCCUUGCAUUUGGGUGCCUCGUUCUUGUCGCUUUAGGGUUUUGGUCUAUUGAUUGUUGGUGAAUUCGUUGCGUGUUAGUUUGUUUCUGCAUGUAGGGCUUUUAUAGGGAAGGAAGGAGUUGGGGCUGUUUGGAUCAAAUUGUGAUAUUGGGCUGGGAAAUGGGGAUUUUCGCAUUGGAAUCGUGGCGCUAAGCUGAAUGGGUUGCUGCUGGGUUUUUGCCAUUAUCGUUCAAUUUCGGUGAUUGCGAGCUGGGAUUUCAUUCCGGGAAGCCCUCUUUCGGGGCAAUUUGAAAUUGAUUGUGGAAGGGGUGAAUGUAUCAUCCUGGCAUGAAUUAUUCGCGCGAAGGUUUGAUACCCACGCAAUUUGUGUGGCCGUACGGUGGGAGGCAUGUGUAUAUCAGUGGUUCGUUUACAGGGUGGACGCAAUGGCCAAUGACUCCUGUUGAAGGUUGCCCAACAGUUUUUCAGACAAUUUGUAGCUUGACGCCAGGUUAUCACCAGUACAAAUUUGUUGUUGAUGGCGAAUGGAGACAUGAUGAGCGUCAACCUUUCAUCAAUAGUAACUUUGGGACAGUGAACACUAUCCUCUUAAGUAGGGAAUCUGAUUAUAUUCCGCAACUGCUAAGCCCCCAAUUGCCUCCUUCUGGCCCUGUUUCGAGCAUGGAAGUUGAUGAGGCCUUUCAGAAUGUGGUUCGACUGUCAGAUGGGACAUCUCCUGAACCCUUUCCAAAGAUAUCCGAUGCAGAUUUAGAGAUGUCACGUCAUCGCAUAACUGUAUUCCUGUCAACACACCUGGCUUAUGAGUUGCUCCCUGAAUCUGGGAAGGUCAUUGCUUUGGAUGUUGAAUUGCCUGUCAAACAAGCAUUCCAUAUUCUGUAUGAACAGGGAAUCCCAAUGGCACCCUUAUGGGACUUCUCAAAAGGGAAGUUUGUCGGAGUUCUCAGUGCUCUGGAUUUUAUUUUGAUUAUGCGAGAGCUUCGCAGCAAUGGGUCCAAUUUGACCGAGGAAGAGUUGGAUACACAUACUAUAUCUGCUUGGAAACAAGCAAAGUCGUACCUGAAUAAUCAGAUUGCUGGUCAAGGAGGUGCUGCUUCAAGACAACUUGUACAAGCUGGACCCGAUGACAGUUUGAAGGAGGUUGCUUUGAAGAUUCUGCAAAAUAGUGUAGCAACAGUUCCCAUUAUUCACUCUCCUUCAGCAGAUGCCUCAAACCCAAACCUGUUGCAUCUUGCUUCACUCUCCGGAAUUCUGAAAUGCAUAUGCCGAUUUUUCAAGCAUUCGCCUAGCUCAUUGCCAGUACUCCAGUCGCCCAUUUGUUCCCUGCCAUUGGGCACUUGGGUACCAAAGAUAGGAGAACCAAAUCGUAAGCCAUUGGCAUUGUUGAGACCAAAUGCUUCACUAAGUGCAGCAUUAAAUUUGUUAAUUCAAGAACAAGUUAGUUCUAUUCCGAUUGUAGACGACAACGACUCUUUAUUGGAUGUAUAUUCUAGAAGUGAUAUAACUUCUUUGGCAAAAGACAAAGUUUAUUCUCAUAUUAAUAUCGAAGGAACAACUAUUCAUCAGGCGUUGCAGUACAGAGACGAUCCCUUCUCAGCAUACGGCUACAACAACCAAAGAUGUUUCAUGUGCCUGCGAUCUGAUCCACUCCAUAAGGUGUUGGAGCGAUUAUCUCAGCCAGGUGUAAGACGGAUUAUUAUUGUCGAAGCAGGAAGCAAGCAUGUAGAAGGUAUCAUUUCAUUGGGCGAUGUUUUUCGUUUUCUUGUGGACAUUUAAACGGACGGUUCGAUGCUCAAGCCUCUCCAUCAGAUCUUUAGUGUUGUCUGUCCAUUAGAUGACUGCCUGGUUUUGAGUUUGAAAAAGAAAAGUUAGAAAAAGAACACUGGGUGAAGAAGAUGAGGAUUGCUAAUGUAUGGUGUUGGUUUAAAGAUAGAGAACUCUCUUGUCUUCUGUUGUCUGUCUUUAUUGUUGCCUAAUUGUCUGUCUGUCUGUCUAUCUUUUGUAGAAAGAGAUGCAAAAAAAUGUUUUCAUUACUCUGUUCUUCUGCUGCUAUAGAAGAAUAUUGGGGAAGUCAUUUUGUCCUUUUUUUUUUUUUCAAUGUAUAAUUCAUUGGUUCAAUAUCUCAUGAAUACUUUUCUUAUUGUCCUGUAUUAUUUAGCAC